AUGGCGUUCCUGAUAAACUUGGAAACUAAAAUUGUUAGUGUUGAGACGCGCCUUAAUAAGCUUGAUUUGUUAGACCACAAAGUUACUCAAUUUGAUAAAGACAUUAAAACUUUGUUCACACAAAUUCACGAUCACAAGAAAGCUACAACUGAUAGUUUACACGGAUUAGACGAUCGUGUGGAAAGGGUUGAAUUUAUCAGUGCUCAGUAUCAAUCGCGCAUUGAAUCUCUAGAGAAAGAGAAUGAUGAUCUGAAGGACCAAGUAACCUACUUGAAAUCUCAAUCAAUGCGCAACAAUCUCAUUUUCGGGGGAUUCAAGGAAGAGGAAGAUGAAAAUCUUGAUAGCGUUAUGCGCAAAUUCUUUGUGGAUAAGUUAAAAGUGGCACAGAGUAUUGUUGAUUCUAUGAAAAUAGAGCGAGUACAUAGAUUAGGCCAAGUUAAGGGUAAUACAACGGAGCCUCGCAAAGUUGUCUGCAGAUUCGCUUAUUUCUCAGACCGUGAAAUAGUUAGACGACAAAACAAACUUUUAGAUCACACGGAUUAUUUUUUGCACGAGCAAUUCCCUCCUGAAAUUGUCGCUAGACGCCGUAAACUGUUACCGAAGUUGAAAGCUGCUAUAAAGGAUAAGAAGAAAGCCUGGUUUGUUUACGACACCCUUUACAUAGACGGAGCCCCAGUCAAGUACGAAUAG